AACGAAUUAGGGGUCAGUUACCUAAGGUUAUCACACUUUAUUUAGAUACAUAUAAGUUCAACAUCUCGUGAUAGCCUCGAGUUAUCAAUUUACAUUAGAUAUUCUAACAACUGGAAAGAUGAAGUUUACAGUUGUUAUAUUGUUUAUUUGUGGGUUUAUCAUUAAUGAUGCUUCAGCUUUUCAAUGUUAUAAUUGUACUUCGUCCAAUCAACAAAGUUCGUGUGGCCUGACAGAUCCAUUGCCAAACUAUCUGAAAACUGUUUCUUGUAACACACAGUGCUAUAAAUGGGUUUUAUUUUCUUAUGCCAGUGAAGUAAGAAGAGGCUGCAAGAAGAAUGGUAUGGUACCACCAGGUUCGAGUUAUACAGAGUAUUUAUGUACCGCCAAUUUGUGUAACGCAGCUCCUUCUAUAACUCGAUCUACAAAGACACUGUCUGGUAUGGUGUUUGUUGCUUUCUUUACCAUAUUCAUAAACAGAAAGUGACAUUAAAUAUUUCGAAAAAAUAUUUGUUUAAGCAUAAUUUAUGAAUUAUGUAUAUAUACUGUUUUGAUUUAUAGAAUGUAAUUGGAAUAUUAUGCAAAUGAAUGUUACAGAAAUGAUAAUUGGAAAGAUUCGUUUUAAAUUUUUUGUAAGUUGCACCAGUUGUGUAAAUAUACAAUCAUAUAUUUGUAAUAUCAACAUGAUCAUGUACACCUAUUUAUAUCUGAAAACAAAAUCUGAAAUCGAUAAUAAAAUGUUUUAACUCGUGUA